AUGGAGGCCCUGCAGAGACAGCAGGCAGCCCGACUGGCCCAGGGGGUGGGGCCAUUGGCACCUCCACGCCCACCGCCACCACCUCGGCCUUCCUUUCCCGGCUCUGGCUCCCGGACCCUGCAGGCCCCUGAGGGGGUCUUGGGGGAGGUCGGGGCUGAGGAAGAGGAGGACGCCCAAGAGGAUGAGGACGGAGAGGAAGCCGGGGCAGAAGAUGAGGUGGCUGAGGAGAGCCGUCCAGGGACCCGGGGCACUAGCUCACCUUCCAGCCAGCCCCCUGGACCUCACCCCCAUGAGUGGACCUAUGAGGAGCAAUUCAAGCAGCUGUACGAGCUCGAUGCAGAUCCCAAGAGGAAAGAAUUUCUGGAUGACCUGUUUAGCUUCAUGCAGAAGAGGGGGACUCCAGUGAACCGUGUACCUAUCAUGGCGAAGCAGGUGCUGGACCUGUAUGCGCUCUUUCGCCUGGUGACCGCCAAGGGCGGCCUGGUGGAAGUCAUCAACCGCAAGGUGUGGCGGGAGGUCACGCGGGGCCUCAGCUUACCCACCACCAUCACAUCGGCCGCCUUCACUCUACGCACCCAGUACAUGAAGUACCUGUACCCGUACGAGUGUGAGACGCAGGCGCUCAGCUCCCCGGGGGAGCUCCAGGCCGCCAUCGACAGCAACCGACGCGAGGGUCGCCGUCAGGCUUACACCGCCGCCCCGCUUUUCGGCUUGGCGGGGCCGCCCCCUCGGGGCACUCCGGGCCCAGCUCGGGGUCCAGCUCCGGGUCCCGGCCCCGCCCCACCCGCGCCCACGCCCACGCCCACGCCCACGCCUGGGCUCCGCUCUGCUCAGGGCUCCGCCUCCGGCCUGCCGGUGCACGCCUGCGCGCAGCUGAGCCCCAUCAAGAAAGAGGAGAGUGGAAUUCCAACCUCUCGACUGGCACUGCCUGUGGGCCUGGCCUUUGGACCUGCACGGGAGAAGGUGGCACCAGAGGAGCCCCCAGAGAAGAGGGCUGUGCUGAUGGGGCCUGUGGACCCACCUCGACACAGUGCACCCCCCAGUUUCCUGCCCCGUGGCAAGGUUCCCCUAAGGGAAGAGCAGCUGGAUGGGCCUCUCAGUCUGGCAGGCAGUGGUAUCAGCAGUAUCAACAUGGCCCUAGAGAUCAACGGGGUGGUCUACACUGGUGUCCUCUUUUCCCGUCGCCAGCCUGUGCCAGCUUCUCAGGGCCCAACCAACCCUGCACCCCCACCCCCAACAGGGCCCCCUUCCAGCGUCUCACCCUGAGAGAGAAAUUAAGAG